AUGGUUAAGUCUUUCAUUCAGCAUGAGGUCCUGGACACAGUAUAUCCAAAACAUGAAAACUCUGGGGCACAAGAUUGUUCUCCUAGCUUUGGAAUCUCUGACAAGCCACUUCGGUUCUGGCGGGUUCCCUCAGGGGUGCGGUGGCCUCAAAGGCAAAGGAGCCCCUUGCGGAUCGACAUCUCCUGCCUCCCGUGCACUCCCCAAGCCAGCUCCCAGGCUAGCACACCUCCCGCAGACGGCCCGAGCGGAAGCGGCGGCGUGUCCGUCGGUCCGUCCUUCCGGCCCGCCGUCCGCCAACUUCCGGCGGCGGGUGGGCGCGCGCCAGGUAACGACCUUCGGCGCCGAGGCUCGGCUGGCGGCGGCGUGUGGAUGGAGGCCUUGGCCCCGGGCCGGGCUCCGCGGGGCCGGCGGCGGGCCGGGACUGAGGGCUCCGCGCUCUGGGCGCUGUCGGUGGCCGCCGUCCUGCUCUCCGCCUUGCUGCGGGCGCCCCCUGCAGUUGGACAUUUGGCUCGAUUGCCAAGAAGUUUUCGCUUGACUCAAGAUUCACUGAAAAUAGUUGGAUCAUCACAUUUUCCUGUGAGCGUAUAUGUCAUGCUCCAUCAAAAGAGUCCACAUGUGCUUUGUGUAACUCAGCGACUGAGAAACACUGAACUGGUAGACCCAUCAUUCCAAUGGCAUGGGCCAAAAGGAAAAAUUGUUUCAGAAAACACCACUGCACAAGUGACAUCCACAGGAAGUCUCAUAUUUCAGAACUUUGAGGAGACCAUGACUGGGGUUUAUACAUGUUUCCUCGAGUACAAACCGACUGUGGAAGAAAUUGUUAAAAAUGUUCAACUGAAAUAUGUUGUUUAUGGGGCUCCUUCAGCCAAGAACUCAAUUAGAUGUAAGCCAAUUCUGGUACCAGAGGCAUCAUUUCAUGCUUAUCGUGAACCUCAUUUUUAUUACCAGUUCACAGCACGGUACCACGCGGCUCCCUGCAAUAGUAUCUAUAACAUUUCUUUUGAGAAGAAACUUCUUCAGAUUUUAAGUAAACUGGUUCUUGACCUUUCCUGUGAGAUUUCCUUGCUGAAAUCUGAAUGCCACCGUGUUAAAAUGCAGAGAGCUGGUCUGCAAAAUGAAUUAUUCUUCACAUUUUCAGUUUCAUCUAUAGACACUGAAAAAGGACCCAAGCCAUGUACAGACCAUAAUUGUGAAUCUUCCAAAAGAUUAUCUAAGGCUAAAAAUCUCAUAGAGAGAUUUUUUAAUCAGCAAGUAGAAGUCCUGGGCAAACGUAUGGAGCCACUGCCUGAAAUAUACUACAUUGAAGGAACACUUCAAAUGGUGUGGGUUAACCGCUGCUAUCCUGGUUAUGGGAUAAAUUUCCUGAAACAUCCAAAGUGCCCUGAGUGCUGUGUUACUUCAAGAAGUGUCGAUUCUACACAGAUUUUCUGGUCGCAGGAUGAUUACUCUAAAUUACUUAAUCUUCCAAGAUGGUAUCUUUCUCGUUCUGUGUUAAAAUACCCAUUUGCCUCAUCUUGUCAGGAGCUGGUGCUCUCAUCCCAUUUCGCAGAUGCACACUGAGUUGCAAAGAGAGGUGACAACCUUCUCUCCCAACCCCCUUCAACCAUCAUGAUGUACUGCUGAGCCACAUGGAGCGAAGCAACCAUGAGAGAAACAUCUAAAGCCGGAAGAAGAAAGUAUAUAUCCGAAACAGCUGUGAAAAGUGCAAAUGAUGUACCAAAGGAGCAGUGUCUGGUUCAAUAACAAUACCAAUCUCAUUACUGAGGAUACGCAGUGCAGAGAGCUGAGCCUCAUCCACGUCUGUCUUAUGUAUGAUGGAUCCCAUUGCCAAGGGAAAUAGGAAGAGUGGGCCCCAUACCCUGGAGCUGUACUUCACCAUGUCUCAUGUGGAGAGAAGAGGCAAGUUGGCCUCUAUGCUGACUCCUAUUUGUCCUUGGUGAGAAAUGAAAAUGGUAAAGGAGGCCUGGAUCACAGCGUGGAGGUGCUGCUGCAGCUCAGCAGGGUUUUAUUAUAGAGCCUUGGCUGUCCUGGCGCUCAUUGUGUAAGCCAUACUGCCCUCGGAGUUACAGGCAUUCACCUGCUUCUGCCUCACAAUGACCAACCAACCCAACAUGAAGACUUCUUAAGAGGACCCUACUCCAGGCGAAAACCUUCAUCUGGUGAUGGAUGGAGAUAGAGACAGAGACCCACACUGGAGCACUGGACUGAGCUCCCAAGGUCCCAAUGAGGAGCGGAUGGAGGGAGAACAUGAGCAAGGAUGUCAGGACCACGAGGGGUGCACCCACCGAC